ACAGUCUGUUGCUCCCCGAGGUUCUACACAACAUAACCUCAACCCACCCCCAGAAAACGACCAAAACAAAGUGUCAAUCGUUCCAAAAUUUGACUUCCUAAAAGGUCAAUUCAUCAGAACGUUUUAAAAAUUGCAAAUGAAUAUUUAAAAGCGAGAAAUCGUUCUCGACAAGAGUUUUCUAAGGUGAUCCAGGACACGUGCAAAACAACACAGAUUAUCACGCCUGACCAUGAAGAUCCCCUCGAGCUCGAGUUUUACGCUACAAGGAGGUGACUCGUCCUUUGAAAAUCGUCAGAAGGCUUUGUUCAACGAACUGUCUCAAGCAGAAAGAGCAUGUAACGUGGUCCAACCAGUGUCAGACUAUCCAGACUUGGCAGUGGGUCAAUUUCGGAGGCCCCCACCUCCUGGAAAGCGUCGCAGGACUGAGACGAGACAAUUCAAGGGUCAGGAGAGCAUUUUCAAGCGACCAGAGCUGCCCUCACCCUUUGCAGACAGAAAUAUCCCAGAUUAUGUCCGUAAUCCUCAUAAAUGGGCAAAAUACAGUCUUGCUGAUGUAUCGAAUGAGGACAUGUCUGACAGGAGUAAUACUCAGGCUGCACUCUCGUUUCUUAAUGGAUUGAGAGCGAGAAGGCUCAAGGAACGAGCGGCCAAAGGCACCGACGACAUGGAAGUGGAUGAUGGGCAGCAUGAGAGUGCCUCUGAUCGCCCCUCGACGUCGAAGGUCUCUUUCAGGAAACCAUGGGUUAGGAGGAUGCAGAGGGAAACUCUUGCUGUUGAGGAUAAGGAGGAGAAACCUGUGUUCAGGGGGAGCAAAAUUGUUCUCCCUGAAUAUGUCAUUGGGCAGAAGGUGAUGAAGAAAGACAAGAAGGAGAAAUGUGCGGAGAAGGUAGACAGAAGCAAGCAGCUGAAACUGCAGCAUUUGGAGGAACAGGAUGCUGAAGAUGAAUAAAUUUUUGUUUUGUUUCAAGUGUUAGUGGAAAACGUUGGAAGAUGUUGGUGCUGCGAAUCGCUUUUCAUUUUACGUUCUGAAAAUACCGAAUUUGUUCUCCAAUUGAUAAAGCGAUUUUGAUAAAUUUUCGCUUUUUCGAAAUAUAUUAACUGAUUUAGCAUCUUCACAUAAUGAAUUGACAUUGAAGAUUAAGACAAAAAUUACUGUUCCAUUUGGCGAGGUAAAAUUUCUUACCGCACUGCUGAAUUAAGUAAUAAAUAGUCAUAGAUCGUAAAUGGAAAAUUAAUUGGAAGCCCCAAUUUCGACCUCUAAUUGGUCGUAGAUUUCACAAAUGUAAAUAACGCUUUCGUAAAUUGAUUUCUGUGUAACCGUAAUACUAGCAAUAAGAAUAAAUCUAAAUAAAUUUGUUUUUGAAAUUUU